AUGCCGGCGACGUCAGCGACUAACACGGGAUUUCCUGCCUGCCCAGAAGAGCCAACCGCCUCGCAGUCUCAACAACAACAGCAGCAACCGCCAUCUGCUCAUCGCCCAAGCGAACAACAGCCAAACCUAGAAGCGGGGCAGCCACAUGCUGUCCGCUUUGCAUCGGUAAAUCAAGAAAUCGAGCCUGAACAGUCUCUGCAGUCUCCUGCGCCGGAACAAAACCAACAGAAUGGGCCAAUCGCUGCCAAUCUGGACGCAGAUGCUAAAGACGAGCUGCGCUCUCUAGCCAUCAGCUUGCAAGACACUCGCCUGCAAGAGUCGCGCCUACGUAAUUUUGCGUUUGAGCCCGUCUCGCUCCCCGUAUCCAGAGUGAACUCUCGAGACACUGCCAGCGCAGUUGCCUCAUACGACAACACCGUUUCUGGCAGCAAUUCGCCGCGCAUCACUCCUCCCGUGUCUCUCAUGCAGUCGCCGCCUCUGACUCCUGCUGCCACGCAUUCGCGGGACAGCAAGCCCAGCGAAAACACGGCUCAAGCAUCCAAUGAGACGAGGAAACACGAACCGUCCGCCAUCACUCCGUCAUCCUCCGAACCCGCCUCGCAUUCAGCUAAUCCACCGUCAACUUCUGCCGGCCCAACAAGCGCGCCAGGGACACGGCCGAGCUCUAUCGAGUCAUCACGAACGACUAAUCCAGAAAGCUCUUCUGGUACGACUGCCACUCCAAACCACAGAGCACAGUUCUUCCUCGGGUCUUCUUCCGUGGACGGCAGCUCACAAGAUGAAAGCCCACCAAUGACUCCGCGACAUGAGUAUGGCUGGUCUACGCCACCAGGCGGUGCGUCUGGGACCAUCACGCCCAUCGGCGAGCCAAACGAUCCGUACGCCCGGAAUAAGCGACCAAUUCCAAACAGGAAUCUCUCCCAGCUAGAUCAAAGAUUCAUCUUUAGCGGAAUUGAUUCGAAACGUCGGUCUCACAAUUCCAACAACUCGCAGAGUACCGCCGGUGGAUAUGGCUCUGGUAGCAAUCAUGACCUAAAGUCGUCAAGUGACAAGCGCUCUUUGUUCGGGAGCAGCAAAAAGGACCACCACGGUCACCGGCAUAAUGAAAGCCACGGCUCAAUGGUCGAGCUCAAACGAUUCUUCCGCAUGGGCCACAAAAAGCGCGGGGAGUCACCAUCUGGCAUUUCUAAAAAAUCCGCCCUCAAGUCAUCCAAUGAAAAGAGCAAUACUCAUCAGAUGGCCCCAACGAGCGUUCCCUUUGCUGAUGACCAUGGUCUUCAAUCCAAGUAUGGGAAACUGGGCCGAGUGCUCGGGUCCGGAGCGGGAGGAUCGGUGCGAUUGUUGAAACGAAGCACCGACGGAGUCACAUUUGCCGUGAAACAGUUCCGAGAUCGUCAUACAUGGGAGACUGAAAAGGAAUAUUCGAAAAAAGUCACGGCCGAGUUCUGCAUUGGCUCCACGUUACACCAUGGAAAUAUCAUUGAAACGCUAGAUAUCAUCCAAGAGGGAGGCCACUGGUACGAGGUUAUGGAGUAUGCUCCAUUCGACUUGUUCGCGAUUGUCAUGACGGGUAAGAUGAGCAAAGAGGAAAUCGCCUGCUCCUUUAAGCAGAUUGUGAGCGGCGUAUCCUAUUUACAUGCAAUGGGUCUCGCCCAUCGGGACCUGAAAUUGGACAAUGUCGUGGUUAACGAGCAUGGCAUCAUGAAGUUGAUUGAUUUUGGGAGCGCGGUUGUCUUCCGUUAUCCUUUUGAGAACGAUAUUGUGCUAGCCUCAGGCAUUGUCGGCUCGGACCCGUACCUGGCACCAGAAGUAUACGACGAGAAAAAGUACGACCCUCGACCCACAGACAUUUGGUCUCUGGCCAUCAUUUUCUGUUGCAUGACUUUGAGGCGAUUUCCUUGGAAGCAGCCACGCGUGACAGACAAUUCUUAUAAACUAUUCGUCUCACCACCUACUCCUGGCACCCCAGUCCCUGACUCGCAUCCCCGACGCAGUGAGCAGCGUCCCAAGUCGACCGCAGAUCUCCCAUCCAUGGCAAUCGAGGCCAAACCCGGAACCAGUGGCUCUGACAGUCGCCGGCAUCACCACCGGCAUGGCAGCAACAAUCCUCAGCUGCCGAAAUCCGAACCGGUCACCAGAGAUGAGCCACCCAAGGCCACUUCAACCGAGACACAGCAGUCUCAAGCUCAGCCUGAGUCCCAAACCCAACCAUCCCAAGAGGCGCAGUCGUCGACCGAGCCGGUUGAAAAGCCCAAGUCUCGAGAAACAACCAGCAAAGAAGCGCCUCCGCUUCCAGCGGGCUCGGCUCCUACUGGACAGCGUCAGGAGGUCAUCAAGGGACCGUGGCGGUUGCUGCGCAUUCUGCCCCGAGAAUCUCGUUACAUAAUUGGGCGCAUGCUCAAAGUGAAUCCCAAAGAACGGGCGACUCUUGACGAAGUCUUGACGGACGACUGGAUCCAGAGCAUUCAACUCUGCCGGCAGGAUGACUUUGGCGCGGUCAUCAAGGCAAAGAAUCACGGCCAUAUCCUGGAGCCACCGUCGUCAAGUGCUCCAGUGGCCAGCAAGGGCAAGUGA